UUUUUUUGGGGGGGGGUGAGUUAGGGAUUAAUUUGUACAUACAUACACAGUACCAGACAAAACAUGUCAUCGUCCAUUUAUUGGCUUAAUUUCCUUUUUUAACUUCGCUUCAUUGUUUUCAUUACGUCACAUUUUCAGCUUGUGUGCACUUGAGCAGAGCAAAUUGUGGCCAGUUGAAUUGCAGACAGCGAAUUAUAGCCAGUUGAAUCUCAGGAGAUUGAAAAUAUUGCGUUUGAAUUUUGUAUAUGGUGAAUUUGUUAACGUCGAAAAGUUAAACUGAAAUACAGCUAUUGAAAAUGUGAUCACUUUGAAAUAACAAUGUGAAUUUUACAACAUAACAUUUCCAGUGGCAUUUUUAAUUCAAAUCCUGGUGGCACAUAUUUACUUCCAUACUUUUAUUAAUACUUAAUAUGGAAAUAUGAUUGUAGAUAUUUUUUCUACAUUUGUCACUACUUCAUGAGGUUUCAUUGCUCUGCGAGACUUCUGCUGCAGUGCUUGUUACGCAGAAACAUGGAAGAGCUGCUAACAAGUCAGAAAGUUCCAAAAACGGGCAUGUCUGUCAUUUAAAAACAACUGUAGGCUGCAAAACUUGUAUGAAAGAUGAAUGAUGACAAGCAAUGGAAAGAAUCUGUCCAAUCACCCGAAGAUUAAGUAUCUUAUCAAGUAUGAUCCACGUAUUAUUCUAAAGCCUUUAACCCCAACAAAACUUCACUAACAGGAUCUACUGUAUUUUAGCUCCUCUUGUUAUGAAAGGACAAGCACCAAAUGGAGGGAGGUUGAUGUCAACAAUCUUACUACAAAGCCAAAGACAUGAUUCCUUGUCGUACAAUGGAAACAGAAGUAUUCAGAAAGCUUGGAGACAUUGAAUCCCAGACACAAGGGGAAGAGUAAGCAUUGCCAGAACUUGAGAAUAAUCCAUCCAUCCAUUUUCCGUACCACUUACCCUCACUAUGGUUGCGAGCGUGACGAAGCCUAUCCCAUCCAAGAGGCGGAGUACAUCUUGAACUAUUCACUAGUCGCACGUAUGUGGAUUAGGGCCAGAAGGCACUUUUUGGGACAUAUAAGACUAUUAAAUUUGUCAAGGAUUUUGAUGAUCCCUGUAAUUGUUAAAAGUUGACUAAGCUCGGUAGGCCUUAAGAAGAAAAGGGUUGCACCAGUGGGUUCUGUUUGAAAUACUUGGAGGGAAGUGUAGUGUAUUGCUCGGUGAUGUUUAUAAUUUUCAAUAAACUGUGUUUUAUAAUGUCAAUCAAUUUGGUCUGUUUCACUUUUAUACACUUUAAAGAAAAUCUCCACUUAUCCCGAAUAAGAAGAGAAAUGUAUCGGCCGGCUCGGAAGAAAGAUCGGUGAUCAUUAUUACAACCCCGUUUGCAUCCAAUUGUUAGGGUCUGUCAAGUGUUGCACAAACGCGGCCGUUCUCGUUGUCGGCACGGGAACCCCCCAGCCAUGUUCCUCUUCUCUCCCCUCCUCUGCUCCACACGCUUGGUAUUCCGAGCGGCGCGUCUCCAGCCUCGCAAUUGCACCCGUGUUUAUGAUGGCGCAGACACGCGGGGGGGUCGGCCGUGGGUGGAGAGGGCCAACGAUUUCUGUCUGUGCGUGCGUGUGUCUGCGCCUCUGGUUGGCCGGCCGCCGCUGCGAGGUCGCGGCACAUGCUCAGUUGGCGUCCCCGUAAACUGCGAGGCGAGCUGGCGGCGCCUCGCUUAUACGCACGCGUUCGUUCCCUCGGAGGCUGCUGGGGUCACGGCACAAACUCAGUGCGCGGCUCUCCAUUUUGGGUGCGCGAGGGGGAGCGUUGUACCCACGCAGUGUCACCCGCUGGAAAGGGCUCCAUGUCCGACAUGGACGACUUGUUCAGUCCGCGAAGGCGGCUCAACAGCACUCAGGGGGAAAUCCGGGUGGGCCCCAGUCACCAAGCCAAGCUUCCAGAGCUGCAGCCUUUCCCCUCCUCUGGCGGCCAGGCCAUGACGGAGAAUGAGGAGCUGGUCUGGAUGCCGGGGGUAAAUGAUUGUGACCUUCUCAUGUACCUCAGAGCUGCAAGGAGCAUGGCAGCCUUUGCAGGGAUGUGUGACGGAGGCUCAACAGAAGAUGGAUGUCUAGCAGCCUCUCGAGAUGACACUACAUUAAACGCACUCAACACUCUUCAUGAGAGCAGCUACGAUGCUGGCAAAGCUCUCCAGCGGCUGGUGAAGAAGCCGGUACCAAAGUUGAUAGAGAAGUGCUGGUCCGAGGAUGAAGUGAAACGCUUCAUUAAAGGGCUGAGACAGUUCGGCAAAAACUUCUUUAGGAUCCGGAAGGAGCUCCUACCAAACAAAGAAACGGGUGAGCUGAUUACCUUCUACUACUAUUGGAAGAAGACACCAGAGGCAGCCAGCUGUCGAGCCCAUCGCAGACAUCGCCGCCAACCCGUCUUUCGGCGCAUCAAGACACGAACAGCUUCGACUCCUGUCAACACUCCUUCCCGUCCACCCUCUAGCGAAUUUUUGGACCUCAGUUCAGCCAGUGAGGAUGACUUUGACAGCGAGGACAGUGAACAGGAACUGAAGGGCUACGCUUGCCGCCACUGCUUCACUACCACCUCCAAGGACUGGCACCACGGGGGCAGAGAGAACAUCUUGCUUUGCACAGACUGCCGGAUUCACUUUAAAAAAUACGGUGAACUGCCUCCCAUUGAGAAGCCCGUGGACCCGCCGCCAUUUAUGUUCAAACCCGUCAAAGAGGAAGAGGAUGGACUCAGUGGGAAGCAUAGCAUGAGGACAAGACGGAACCGAGGCUCGAUGUCAACGCUACGUAGUGGUCGUAAGAAGCAAACAGCCAGUCCCGAUGGCCGAGCCUCGCCCAUCAACGAGGACCUGCGCUCCAGCGGGCGCACUUCACCCAGUGCUGCAAGUACUGACAGCACCGACAGCAAGAUGGACACCAUGAAAAAGCCCAGCAAAAAGAUUAAAGAGGAGGGUCCUUCACCCAUGAAGAGUGCCAAACGGCAGCGAGAGAAAGGAACUUCAGACACAGAGGAAUCCGAUAGGGCUGGUGCAAAAAAGUCCAAAACGCAAGAGCUAAAUCGACCAGACUCACCGUCCGAGUGUGAGGGAGAAGGGGAGGGUGAGGGUGAGAGCUCCGAUGGACGUAGUAUCAAUGAGGAACUCAGCAGUGAUCCUAAGGACAUUGACCAGGACAACCGCAGCUCUUCUCCCAGUAUCCCCAGUCCCCGCGACAAUGAGAGUGACUCGGACUCUUCUGCCCAGCAACAGCAGCUGCUGCAGAGCCAGCACCCUCCAGUCAUCCAGUGUCAGCCAAGCACCUCAUCAGCUGCUCUCUCUGCCCCACCACCGCCUCCUCCCACAGCCUCAGCCCCUUCGCUGCCUCCGCAAGUCUCCCCCACGGCGGCCUCCGGCUCCCUGCCGCUUCAGCCUCUUCGUCAAGCAAGCCCACUGGCUCUCAUCCAGUCAGGAGCCUCCCUCCAUCCGCAAAGGCUUCCCUCUCCGCAUUCCCCUAUGACUAUAGCUCCGCCUCCUGGUCCCCCAGUUCCACCUGCAUCGUUACCCAGCUCCCAUCACGGUCCCUUGCCUCCCAUGCCUCACCCGCUGCAGCCCGGCCCCCCUCACAUGCCUCACCCUCACUCAAUGCCUGCCCAGGGCUUCCCCGUCAGUCAGUCUCAGGUCCCGCCCCCACAAAUGUCCAGUCAGUCACAAGCGAGGCCACACACCCCGCCCUCACAAUCAUCUUCUCACAGUGGAGGGCAGCCUCCCCGGGAACAGCCACUCCCACCUGCACCGAUGUCAAUGCCUCACAUCAAGCCCCCACCGACCACACCUAUCUCGCAGAUACCCACGCCACAGUCCCACAAACACCCUCCGCAUGUGUCAGCACCUCCAUUCCCGCAGAUGCCUUCCAACCUGCCACCUCCUCCUGCCCUCAAGCCCCUCAGCUCUCUAUCCACCCACCACCCACCGUCGGCCCACCCGCCUCCCCUUCAGCUCAUGUCUCAGGGGCAGCAGCUUCAGCCUCCCCCAGCGCAGCCUCCGAUUCUCACCCAGUCCCAAAGCCUCCCUCCAUCAUCCAGCCACCAGCCCUCUGCGGGGGCAUCGCACCCCAAUGGGCCGCCACAGUUGCCCUUCUCCGCUCACCCUUUCAGUGCAGUUCUACCUCCAACUGGCCCCUCUGUGUCCUCGUCAAACUCUAUGCCAGGCUUACAACCCGCGUCUUCCUCCGUCCCGCCCUCCGCGAUCUCCAUGCCGCUCCCCGCGUCUGUCGCUUGUGGUGGCCUGGGCGCGGGGUUCCCGCCCGUGCACAUCAAGGAGGAGCCGCUGGACGAGACAGAGGAGCCAGAGAGCCCCCCGCCUCCACAGAGGAGUCCCUCCCCUGAGCCCACUGUCGUCAACACUCCAAGUCAUGCCAGCCAGUCUGCACGCUUCUACAAGCAUCUGGACCGCGGUUACAACUCGUGCGCUAGGACCGACUUCUACUUCACUCCGUUGGCCUCGUCCAAACUGGCCAAGAAACGCGAGGAAGCUGUAGAGAAGGCCAAGAGAGAAGCAGAGCAGAAAAUUCGGGAAGAGAAGGAGAGAGAGAGGGAGCGGGAAAAGGAACGAGAGCGAGAACGAGAAAAGGAGGCCGAGCGAGCGGCGAAAGCCUCGUCUUCAGCCCAUGAGAGCAGAAUGGGCGAGCCGCAGAUGGCUGGGCCUGCUCACAUGCGUCCCCCCUUCGACGGACCGCCCACCACUAUUGCGGCCGUGCCUCCGUACAUCGGACCCGACACCCCUGCCCUGCGCACACUGAGCGAAUACGCCCGACCGCACGUCAUGUCCCCCACCAAUCGAAACCACCCCUUCUUUGUGUCCCUCAACCCCGCAGACCCGCUGCUGGCUUACCACAUGCCCAACCUGUACAACGCCGACCCGGCCAUGCGGGAGCGGGAGCUGCGAGAGCGAGAGAUGCGCGAGAGGGAGAUUCGCGAGAGGGAGCUUCGGGAAAGGAUGAAGCCCGGUUUUGAGGUCAAACCUCCCGAAAUGGACACUCUCCACCCUUCCACAAACCCCAUGGAGCACUUUGCCCGGCACGGGGCCAUCACGUUGCCGCCCAUGGCCGGGCCUCACCCCUUCGCCUCCUUCCACCCGGGUUUGAACCCGUUAGAGCGUGAGCGGCUCGCCCUCGCCGGGCCCCAGCUGCGGCCGGACAUGAGCUACCCAGAGCGGCUGGCGGCGGAGAGACUGCACGCCGAGCGGAUGGCCACCGUGGCCAACGACCCCAUCGCCAGGCUCCAGAUGUUCAACGUCACGCCGCACCACCACCAGCACUCGCACAUCCACUCUCAUCUGCACCUCCACCAGCAAGACCCUCUUCACCAAGGUGGUGGUGAAUGUCUUGUGUGUCCUCCAGGUUCCGGGGCCCACCCCCUGGCCGUAGACCCCCUGGCGGCCGGACCGCACCUGGCUCGCUUCCCAUACCCGCCCGGCGCCAUCCCCAACCCGCUCCUCGGCCAGCCACCGCACGAACACGAGAUGCUGCGUCACCCAGUCUUUGGAGCUCCGUACCCACGGGACCUGCCCGGAGGUCUGCCACCCCCUAUGUCGGCCGCCCACCAGUUGCAGGCCAUGCACGCCCAGUCCGCCGAGCUCCAGAGGCUGGCCAUGGAGCAGCAGUGGCUGCACGGACACCAUCACAUGCAUGGAGGUCCACUGCCCGGUCAGGAGGACUACUACAGCCGACUGAAGAAAGAGAGCGACAAGCAGCUGUAACAGGCCAAGGGAGCCAUAGGUAACUCGUGAAGAACGCAAAAAGGCCAAGUGGAUACAAUUCUUCUUAUUUUUCAAAACUCUUUUUUUUUUCUCACUGGACAUUUCUUUGGUAUAUAGCCAGUAAAAGUGACACAACAGCCUGAAGACUCCUGCAUGACAAGCUUCCUUGACAUUUUUUUUUUUUGUUUUUUUUUUUGGUAGGUGCUAGAACACAAAGAGACACUGUGCUUAUCCAAACAACAAAACAUGGCCGCUUUCGGAAAGAUAACAAGUGCUAUCUUAAAGUCAACAUUUAUUUUAUUACAUUGUUGGAGCUUUUUUUUUUUUUUUUUUUUUUUUUAAAUCAUCAUUUUAAGAAGAGCUCCCGCAUGGAGUUUCUUUGGGGGAAUUUGUAAAUAGUAUAUAUAAACAUAUAAUUAUUAUAAUUAUUAUUGCUAGGUGUGGACAAACAAGUCGUUUCAACUUCAGCUGCAGUUGUGUUGAUACAUUAUCCCUUGUUUCAGAGGGGAGCACCAUGGCAUUAUUAUUAUUCUUAUAAUUUGAGCCAUUUGAGUUGUGACCUUGGUCUGACAUUGCCGUGUUAGAUUUAGUCCCACGUAGCCCACCCGAUGACCGCCGGCCCGUCCCGCCCCAACCCGAAACCUGUCACACCCACUCAUCACACACCAGCUUUUUUCAGAAAGUUUCAGCGCAGCUUGUUGGCGUUUUUGUGACUUGAAACACUUGAAGCUCGGGUUCAUCCAUGACCAUAACGAAACAGAACGUUUGCACUGAAAUUGAUUUUUAUCCUUCUGCCGUGUCAUUAUUUAAGCCAAACACGACAAAUGACCUUUUAUCAUUGCUGAUUUUAAAAAUGUUUUAAACUAUUUGGAUAGUUGUGGAAUAGUUUUUUUUUUUUUUAAUACACUUGGUGAAUUUGAAAGGUUAUCAAAGGAGCCCUACAGGACCUAUUAAUGAUGGCGCCCUCUCCCGUCAUGUUCACUGUGACCUGCCGUCAUGCGACCACCAGGAAUUGCGCGUGUGUGUGUGUGUGUGUGUGUGUGUGUGUGUGUGUGUGCGUGUGUGUGCGUGUGUGUGUGUGUGUGUCUCACACACCAGUGUACGGUUCAUGUUUUCCAACUCAAUGCACGAAGACUGUUUGACUUGUCAUGGAACUCGGCACAACUGUGGCUUAUUCAUUUUUUUUUGUAUUCUUUUCAUUUUGCCAAAUGAAGAAACUGUACUCGCAUUUAAAUGACUGUGUCAUACUUCCUCAGAGCACUAUUUUUGUUGUUGUUUUACAAGCGGAAAGUCUUCUGACCUCCCCUUUCUGACGCACUCUUCAUACUCCUUUCCCUCCCCAAGCGUCCCUCUUUUCCCUUUUUUGUGUCUCCAACCCUUUGGUGUUCAGUGUUGUCAAUGGUUUAGCUUCUCGUUUCAAGGCGGCAGCAGCAGAAUGUCCGUUCUGACUGCCGAGAUUUCUAUAUAUACUGGUAUCUUGAAGCUUAUUGUACAUAUGAGUAGUCACCAUGGGAUGACACAAUGUAAACAAAAAGUAGAAAGAAUAAGAACAAUUGUGAGUCCUGUGUUCUCUCCAUUUGAGUAUUUUGUAAUUUUUUUGAAAAAUUUGUGGAAUUAAAAUAAACGAAUAAGUUACACCACAAUAUAUGACUCAAAUG